UGCAGGCAUAUAGGUAAACGCCUGAAACGGGGUCCUCCACACACACAGGGGCGGCCGCUGCCAAGAUGUCGACCAAGAAUUUUCGUGUGAGCGAUGGUGACUGGAUUUGCCCGGAUAAAAAAUGCGGAAAUGUUAACUUUGCCCGAAGGACCAGCUGUAACAGGUGUGGACGAGAAAAAACCACCGAUGCGAAGAUGAUGAAAGCCGGCGGGACUGAAAUUGGAAAAACUCUGGCUGAAAAGAGUCGCGGGUUGUUUAGUGCCAACGACUGGCAGUGCAAAACUUGUGGAAAUGUGAACUGGGCCCGCCGGUCAGAGUGCAACAUGUGCAACACACCCAAGUAUGCCAAGCUGGAGGAGAGGACUGGUUACGGUGGAGGAUUUAACGAGCGCGAGAAUGUGGAAUAUAUCGAACGUGAAGAAUCCGAUGGGGAAUAUGAUGAGUUCGGUCGAAAAAAGAAGAAAUACCGUGGGAAGCCACCUGCUUCCAAAUCUAUUUUGAAGGGUACUGAAAAAGAAUCAGAAAUUGAAGAGGAGGAAGAUGAUGAAGAUGCAGACCUCUCCAAGUAUAAACUGGAUGAUGAUGAUGAUGAUGAUGAAGAUAAAGACAAGAAAGACGAUGAUGACGAGGACGAUGAUGAUGAAGAUGGGGAUCUCUCAAAAUACAACCUCGAUGCCAGUGAAGAUGAAGGCGAUAAUAAAAACAAGAAACCCCCACCUAGCAGCAGAUCGAAAUCCCCGUCUCACUCCCGUUCCUCACACUCCUCUUCCCACACAAGCUCAAGGUCUGGGUCCAGAUCCCGGUCGAGAAGCUCUUCAAGCUCCAGAUCACGAUCUCGCUCCAGCUCAAGAGAAAAUUCUAGAUCUCAUGGGUCGAAAUCAAGAUCCAGCUCCAGGUCCCAAAAGGGCUCCCCAUCCCCGAGAAAACGGUCGCACAGAAGUUCCCGUUCUUCAUCGUCUCCCGAGAAGAGCAAGAAGAGAAGUCGCUCUAGAUCUUCAUCUGGGGGGCGCAAAAAAAGACGAUCAAGAUCCCGGUCUCCAGAAAGACGUCGCGGGUCAUCAUCUGGAUCGUCCCAUUCCGGCUCCCGUUCCUCAACUUCCAAAAGGAAACAAUAAAAAAAAAUUUAGGAGAAAUUGUGCAGACCCCCGUGUAUUGCAUGUGGCAAAAAUC